AUGGGACCCGGCAGGGGAGGCGGCUCGGUCCUUCCGGCCGCCCUCCCCGCGGGGAGGGGCAGCUCCGCCCGGCCACACCGGCUUUUUACCCAUCCGGCGGUCCGAGUGCGGCUCCUCGCGCCCCUGCAAAGGAGCAGCAGGCGGUUCCUUUUUUUCGGACGACCCGGAGCGAGGCCUGCAGGACUGCGCGUCCCGGCGGGCAGCGGGCGGCAGGCGGCGGGCGGCUCCCGGCAUGCGCGGCAAGGCGUUCCCGCCGCCUCCGAGCUCGCCUGGGGCUGCCGCCCGCCUCCUGCCGGGCCCUCGGGCUCGUCCGGCACCGCGGGGCUGAUCGGGGAGGUAGGCGGUGCUUCCUCCGGCCCCCGGCGUCGUGUGCCCUGCGGGUUUCGUGGCCCUUCCCCUGCGCUGGAAUCUUCUAUGUCAUUUAGGGGGAAGGGAUGCGGGACGGCAUCUGCCUGCCAACGCAUAGGUCCCACAGACAGCCUUUAAAAACAACUGCGUUUGGGGUGUGUCAGAACAUUUAAACACAGGACGUCGGCGGGGCUUCCUGGCGGAGUGGGGCACACGCCAGCUUUGCGGGACUUUUUGCUUGGUCCUGCCCCAGGACUACAAUCGGAGGGGACCUGGGGCAUGCAGACGCGAGUAAAAACCUAGUCAGCGGGCGGGCCCUCGGCCCCGUAAUCUACGUGAUCUCCUAGUGGGGUUUAAUUUCGGUGUAGUGUAAACGAGAUGCCAAGCAGAGGAACUGAUUUUAAUUUCAUAUGGACUUUUUUGAAAGAAAUGGGUGCAAAUAGAAUGAAUGCAUGGAGAAUUUUAAUGGAAUGCCUAUGUAAACAAGCCCUAUUGUGAGUACUACCUUUGAGUUAAAAAGAAAAUGUGAGUGGUGACAAAUUUGGAUCUUCUUAGAUCCAGUUUGCAGCGUUGGUACACCUGAAUGGUGACCUAUUUAGAGCACUUUUGAAACAGCUGUUAAUAGUAACUAGCUUUUGACUUGCAAAGAGAAAUCUAGAUCUUUAUCUAGAGGAAAUUUUAAAUUUCAAACCAAAAUGAAGCACUCCAGGCAAUUUGACGUCGUAGGACGUCAGCUAUUUCAAAGGACUGGGAAAUCGUCAUGGGUUAUUAUCCUAGGACACUGAGGUUUGGGCCAGUAUUAAGUCAACCCAGACAGUACAAUGUAUAGUAUUUCUGAGAACAUUUGGGGAUUUUACUGUUCUUUAAACCUUUCGGCCGGGUCUCGUCAAAAAACGGCCACUGUGAAGAACUGAAUUUUACUGGUUUUUACUUGAACUCUACUAUUUUUGUUUUCUCACAAAUUUGAAUAAGAUGGUCUUUAUCAAAGGCCCAAAAUAAUGUGGGGUGCCUUGUUACAGGUCAAACACCGAAUGUACCAAUGGAUUUUUUUCAGUCUGAUAAGUGAUCUGCAGGUAGAUAAAAGAAGUGUUUAGAAACUAAAAGGGGGAAAAGGCAAAGGUGCAGAAUACCUACAGUACUCCAGAAACAGAGCAAGGUGAUAGGAGGGAUGAGCAUGGGAUAGGAGACAUUUUAUAGCAUUAUUUUCACCUUUUAUAAUUCUGUUGAACAGGCUGGAAAAAAGCAAAAAAAUCCAAAGAAUAUUUUAGCUGCUACUGAUCUAAAACUAUAAAACACUGUAGUAUGAUAAUAUAUGUAUAUGUAUGAAUUAUUUUAGACAUGCUUUUCUUGCCAUAUUUAUUUUAAAAGGUUAAUCGAAGGCGUAUUCUACUGCCACCCUGCGAAAGCGGCCUGUGUGGGGAGAACACUUCAGUGGGGGAAAAAAAAAUCGCCACAAUCCCUAAACCCUUGACCUUGAUUAUUGAGCACUGUCCUGCCCUUCUGAAUGGUCACUUAACUGCAAAUACGGGGCCUCUUCAGAUUGAAUUUCUUGUCUUCUAAAUGCAAAAUUUAAAAUCUCCCGUUCUCAGCAACUAGAAAUUAAUUUAUGGUAUUUAAUCCUGUGAAUAAAGCAAAAAGGCAUUUUCUUUGCUCCACAGUGUAUUAUCUACCACAAAGCAACCCUAAAAAAAUAAAUAAAUAAGUAACUGAUCUCCCUAAAUUAGUCUGGGAUUACCUUGAAUUUCUAAGUCAGUGACUUUAAGAGGUCCCUGGCAGGGACUGUGUGUGCCUCCGUACCUGUCUCUUGGGGAGAGCAACAACUUCAAACUGAUUGAAAACAAACUGGCAAGUAAUUGUGAAAGAUUCCUAAAGAAGACUGCUGAGAAAAUUCAGCUUCUGUUUGAGUCAGGCCAAAUACAUGAAAUCCUUUUCUUUUUUCUACUUUUUAAUAUUUUUAAACUUUUAUGGAAAUUUUCAAACAAAGGCAAAAGUAAUAGUACAAUAAAUCCUCAUAUACUGUUUACCCAGCUUCAACAUUUAGCAACAUCCCUUCACACUCCCUCCCUCUUGCUGGAUUUUUAUCAUUUUAUCUGUAAAUACUUUAAAUAUGAAUAGGUAAAAUAUAGCAGUUGUUUUUUGUUUGCUUGUUUUUGAGAUGGAAAUUUGCUUUUGUCGCCCAGGCUGGAGUGCAACGGGGCGAUCUUGGUUACAAGAUCUUGGAUCUUGUAACCUCCACCUCCCAGGUUCAAGCGAUUCUCCUGCCUCAGCCUCCCAAGUAGCUGAGAUUACUGGCGUGUGCCAC